AUGACCUCUCCUCUCUCCACUCCAGACGCCGACUACGACGACGACUCUCCCUUUGGUAGCCCCUCUUCUCCCUCUCCCCUCGACCACUCGAGCCCUGCCGCCAAUGCCUCUUCCGUCCCCAAGCCCGCCGACCGCCCCCCAGCCCGCUCCGCCGUCACCACGAGCCCGACCACAGGCAUGACGCCAUCCUCGACACCGCUUGGCAACAUCAACGCUGCACGGCGCCCGCCCAACACCUCUACCAUUUCCAGCCGAGGCAGUGGACUCAAUGUAUCUCAGGAUAUUCUCGCGAGAAUACAAGCAGUCCACAUUGGUCGCAAAGGCGCACCACCCACGGGCCUGCCUGGGAGAGGUCCUGUGCCCCAAAGCCCAGGUCCCUCUGCAGACUCCCGUUCGCCCAUGUCGCCCGGUGGUCCCAUGGCAGGCAACCCCGGCGGAGUGCCCGUCAACUUUCGUGUGCCUCCCAAGCCAGCCAUGCCGUCCUUCCAGUCGGCCCCCGCCGUACCUGGCCGCACGCCCGCGGGUCCUCCUGGUUUAGCAGCACGACGCGCCGCUAUGAAGCUGCCUGGUGGAUUGCCCACUGCAGGAGGAGCACCGGGCAAUGGCCCUGCUCCUAGAAAGAAGCCAAAUUUUACACUCUCUCAAAUGAAUGCAGGCGCUGAUGACCAAGCCGCCCCGCCACGCAAACAAGAAAGCUUGAUGGACAAAUAUUCCGACAUCAUAGACAAGGAAACAGGUACUUUGAGAUUCAAGGGCAAGGCUAUACUCAACUCUGAUGGCGUCCAAUUCGAAGGCGGUACCACGUUCAACAUAUCACUGGACGAAGUCGACACGUUGGACGAGCUGGGCAAGGGCAACUAUGGCACAGUAUACAAAGUCAGGCACAGCAGGCCUCGGAUGCGGAGGCCAGGCCAAGGCUUAGCUGGCAACAAGGCUGCGCCAGGCUCUCCUUCUCAGAAGGGCUUCGACGACGAGGCCAGCCCCAUCAGCACCAAGCCUGUCGACGGAACGGGUAUCGUCAUGGCGAUGAAGGAAGUUCGACUCGAGCUAGACGAUUCGAAGUUUGCUGCUAUCAUCAUGGAAUUGGACGUUCUUCACCGUUGUGUUUCGCCAUACAUCGUCGAUUUCUAUGGUGCCUUCUUCCAGGAAGGUGCUGUGUACAUCUGCAUGGAGUUCAUGGAUGGAGGCUCUAUAGACAAGCUCUAUGGCGACGGUGUUCCAGAGGGCGUACUUCGCAAGAUUACCUUGGCCACGACACAGGGACUGAAGUCGCUCAAAGACGAACACAACAUUAUUCAUCGCGACGUGAAGCCCACCAAUAUUCUGAUGAACACCAAGGGGCAGAUCAAGAUAUGCGAUUUUGGUGUCAGUGGAAACCUAGUGGCCAGUAUAGCCAAGACGAAUAUUGGAUGCCAGAGCUACAUGGCUCCAGAGAGAAUAUCUUCUGGCGGGAUUGCUCAGGCAGGUGCCAACCCAGGAGGUGGCACAUACAGUGUACAAAGCGAUAUUUGGAGUUUGGGUCUCACCAUCAUCGAGUGUGCACUGGGUAGAUAUCCAUACCCACCUGACACCUACAACAACAUCUUCAGUCAGCUCAGUGCCAUUGUUGAUGGCGAGCCUCCAGAUCUGCCUGCCGAGGGGUACUCAGAAGCCGCACGCAAUUUCGUCCGUGGCUGUUUGAACAAGAUCCCGAACCUGCGGCCAACGUACGCCAUGCUCCUACAACACGCAUGGCUCGCACCUCUGGCCAAGCCCGAAACCAUCACAGAAGAGGAGGAAGACGAGGUCGAAGCUGCACAGGACGCAGUUGCGGGUGUCGCAGCUGGCGACACGGGGCUACCGGUACCAGUUGACGUGGUUUAUGAUGAGGAAGUUGCAAAUUGGGUCAAGGGCGCUAUUGAGAAGAAAAGACGGGGUCAGAUGAAGAAAGCGGAGAAACCCGCCCUGCACGCUGCACCCUUGGACGCCGUUCAGAGUCCAGCACCCGCUGGUAGCAGUAUCGAAAGAAUCAAGGGCAGGUCCCAUGUGUCAAAGGGGGCACUGGACUUUAUCAACCCUGAAUCGAACUUUGGGCUCCGCAUGGUCGCGCGACCGCCCGUUGAGGAGGAGGGUGUGGGGAGCGGGACGUUGCCCUGUCCCUGUAUACUACAGAUCUUGAGCGCAAAUGGCGAUUUCUCAGCGCACUGA